AUGAAUCAUUGGAGAGAAAACUCAAAGGUACCCUUUGGAGAAGAAGAACUCUACACUUCACCAAUUUUUUCCUUCACCCUCUUCAGCAAAUUCUGCCCCAUGUUUUCUACCUUGGAAUUCAAUGAGUCAAACAAUGCAAGGGCUGAUGAGGCUGAGUCUGGCAAUUUCAAUUCCUUCAUAGCAAGUGAAGACUCAUCAGGCUAUUGUGAUGUUCUGUUAGACACUGGUUCAUCCAAUGAGGCAUGUGGUGAUGAAUCAGAUGAAGAAGUGAGUUUGGAGGAGUUGCUGCUUGAUGGAAAAACAAAGGAGAAGGUUGAAGUAUUGGCUGCAAUGGUUGGAGUUGAAACAACUGAUCCAGCAACUGUGCUGAAUGAAGUAGUGAGAGUUCUCAAGGUUUUGAAGAGGAUAAAUCAGUUUCAGUGA